AGCAGAGACCACGGUGAACAGGGUUUGCCGUAGAGAUAGGGGGGAAAGCAUGCGCGCCUACACACACGGACCUGUUUGCUUUUUCUCGCUUUCUUUGGUUGAGGAGGAGCCGUAUUUUGAGCUCCGCCUUUCCGUUUUCCGAGCCGCUCUAGCCGCCCUGGCCCCACCUCUGUCUCACCGAGGGUGACCGAUGCUCCCUCUUCGUUGGAGCGGCCUUUGUCCCUGCUGUCGGCGGGUCGCGCGCGCGCAGUCAUGAAUAGUCAAGAAGGGUAAUGAAUAUUCAUCAGCUCCUCGAGCCCCGGCGGGCCAGAGCAUAGCGGAGCGCGCGGGUGGGUGGGUGCUCGGACGUGGCUGGCCGGGACUUUGCCCCGGGGAGACACUCCUGGUCCGGGCGCAGCUCGCUCAUGGCUCCCCGGGCAGCAGCGCCGGGAAGCGCCCGGUGAGCGCGGCUUCGGGUUGCCGGGGCGCGGUGGGGGCGCCGGGCGGAGGGUUUCGGGUUCUGGGCGGAGGUGUGAGGGGAACGUGACCCCCAUUUAUUAGGAAUCAGGCUGCAGAGGGGCGAAAAACUCCCCAUAAACUGUAGGGUCCUCACGUCCUCACUCUGGCUUUGUUUUUGUUUUUUGUUUAGAGAUUUCUGUACAGUACCACCAAAAUAUUAUAUAUAUAUAUGCAUAUGCAUAUAGGUGUGUGCGCACGUGUUUGUAUUUUUUUGGCGUGGCAGCAGCUACCCUUCGGAACUCCCUGCCUAUUGACAUCAGGCAGGUGCUUUCACUGCUAUUUUGGGGGUCUCCUUAAAACAUUUUUGCAUAGGCAGGCCUACCCAAUAUAUGUAGGGCGUUGGAUGUGUGUUUUAAUCUGUUUUUAGUUCAUUUUAAUUUAGUUUUGAAAGUUUUAAAUUCUUGUUUUCGUAAACUGCUUUGAGAGUUCUUUUUUUCUUUUGCAGUUGAGCAGUGUAUACAUUUUUUGACGCAAAGAAAUAUAGUGCUCAAUAAACAAAAUCAUUAAAAUAAUCCAUGCCAAGUUAUGUAAACAGGAUAAUUAAAAACACCCUAAAGGUGACAUAACCCAUUUUUAAGUAAAAAGCCAGCAAAAAAGGUGUGGGUUUCUAUCUGGUGUCUGAAAGAAUACAAAGGGCAGUUGCAGGCUGUCCCCCGUUUGGGGUAGGAUUGAGUCGCGUACCAGUAAAUUCAGGUUGCACAAUUGUAACUGAUUGGGAGUUCUUGCGGACCAAAUCCGCUUCCUCAGAAGAUCAGACUUUUGUGAUAAGGACAGUAAAUGAGGAAAAUGGACUAGGAUGUUUGAGAUAACUUGCUCUAAUGCAACGUCAUAUCAGCCCCCUGCAAACAGAUCAGAGUGAAUGCUCAUUAAACAUUGCUUAAUCUCCCUGCAAACAAAUCAGGAUGAAUGCUCAAUAAAUGCCCAUCUGGAAGUACAUGUCGGAACUAUCCCUGAGUUUGCCAAAUUCCCCCUUAAAGCCAUCUGAGUGGGUGGUCAUCACCACACUCCUGUGGCAGUAAAUAGGUAGUAAGUACACUUAAGGUGCUCAAUGUGCUUCAGGUACGUUCUUUCUUUGUAAUGUUUAAAACAGCCCUGUAAGGUAGGUCGGUGCUAUUAUCUCAGUGUUGCAUAUGGAGCUGUAGAGGCUAAGAAUCUAUUGCCUAGUAAAUUUGUGACCGAUGUCGACUGAGACUUCCUGGUUCAUAGCUCAGUCUGUUAGCUGCCUCACUACAUUGCACUACACCUGUCAGUAUUCAUUGAAGAAUGUGAUAUGGUACCAACAUGUUUGAGAUUACCAAAGGGUGGCUUGAGGGUGUUAAGGGGUGCGUUAAGUGUUUUCAAAUCUAGGUGAGGAAUUAUGGGGCACCUCUGGGAUGAAGGGCAUCCAGGAGUUUCAAAUAGUAUAAUGGUCAAUGCUAAGAAUGCACAUGGUACCCGAGAUAGCUUAAUGUGGAUUAUUUGCCCAUUAAGCAUGCUUUAUAACCACUCAGGUGUGCUCAUAAUUAUGUAUAAAUGUAGUAAGCAGUAGCUUUCACUGGAGUCUUUCUUACAGGUGAAAUAGAUAUUCUGUUUGUGAGCACUUAACUGUGAUUGAUGGUGGUACUGUAAUCAUCCCAGAUAAAAAUAUAGGGCCUGAUUUAAUUAAAUAGUUGCACCAGCAGGAGCCAGCACAACAAGGCCCAUUAGUUCAAUCGGACUUCCCCCUUCUCCCUCCCGCCCCGGCCAGAUUGGCUCUGCAAGGCCAGAAGAACCCCCAGAAUAACAGCAGGCAGGAAAAGGAAACAUGGUUCUACCUGACAAGCUGAAAUGUUUUCCCAGACAGAAUGAUUGCAAUAGUGCAAUGUUGAAUUGUACCCACAGACUCCAAGGAUAUCAUUGGCCUCAUUCAAAUUCAGUACCUGCUCUUUACCAGCAGGUCCCAGCGUGGGUUACAGCAAUUUAAAAUUCAGAAUUAAACAGCUAAAAUAGGGUGGAACCUGAAAAUACAAAUCUCAGAUGUCAAAGACCAAGGCAAAGAGCGUUUGCUGAAAGCUGUAUAGUGAAAAAGCAGGAAGAGGAGACAAGAGUUAGGAAGAAAAGAUGGAAAGGAAAUUAGGAAAGAGAUAAGCUUUGGAGUUGAGAGGGAGGUAAUGGGAGUUCUGGGGUUAUCGUAUGACUGCUAUGAAACCUAAUCAUGUUUAGGUUUAGAAGACUUGUAGGUGAGAUGCCCAAUGGAACAUCAGGCUAAUGCAGGUAGAGAAUGAGAUCCGUCAGUAAGGCCAUAGGGCAACCACUGAAAAUAACAAAACAGAAACAAGAACUCGGGACACAAUGGUGGUAUUCACAGGACAGUCACUCCCAUGUGCUUAGGAAAGAGGAGCUGAAAAUAAUAUUUAAAAAGCAAAGGAAUAAAGCUUAGGCAUUCAUCCUUUGAUUUCUCCCAUGAAGAGUUUUCAUCUCUCAGCAAAACCCUCCUAGUGAACUAUCAGAAAGUAACAAUGGCAUUUUAACUUACAGCUCGAGCACAGUUUGGCUUAUCUAUUUAUUUCAGCUACUUGAAAGAAAGCUGAAGUUCUUCUCAUUUCAAUAGUGUAAGUAGAAUAAAAUUAGUAAGGAUGGCAAAUCUGUUUGGAACAUUUCCUUAGAUGCUGGUGCUGCUGGUUUCUUGGAGUCGGAAGUAGGAAAAGUGUGUGAUGCAGGGAGGGAGUUGCGGCAAAGAAGUUUAAGCUUCAGCAAAUUAGCUGAAAGAUCAAGUCACACAACAGGUUAUAUUUUCCCAAGGAGAAACAAAUAAUUCCCCCAUUGAUCCCUGCAUUUGCUUAGGAAGACGGCUGUGUGGGGCUCUCUUUGUUACUGUGAAGAAUUAUAGUUUUUUCACAUAUUUUACUUUUCAUUUAUUUAUUGCAUUUCUAUCCCACCUUUUUAUUCAUGGGGCUCCAGGUGGCAUACACGGCUUUCCUUCUCAUUUGUUCCCCACAACAACACUGUGAGAGGUAGUGACUGGCCCAAGGUCACCCAGUCAGAGCUUCAUGGCUGAGAGGGGAUUCGAACCCUGCUCUCCCAAGUCCUAGUCCAACACUCUAACCACUACACCACACUGUCUCUUCCCAACAUACUAUGCACUAAGCUCCUGAAGGAAGGAUAGCAUACACAUUAGAUGGUUAAAAUUCCCCAUGGCUCUUCCUUGUCUGAAUCUACCCUUAGAUUCCUUCCUGUUAUGGAAUCAGGAUCCACACAAUGAGCUCUGGAUAUCUUUUCUAGAGCACUUUAGUACAUUUCCAACUGAGGAUACAUCUCUGGCCUUCAAAGAAAAGAUCCAUACUAACAGAGAGGAUUCUUCAUUAUUACCGUAGGGUAGGUUACUAUUGGAGUAUCGGGGUGAAAUCUCUCCCAUUCCUGUUUUCAGAGGGCGAUUCCAGACUUUCAUUUGGUUACAGCCAGUCUGAACUGAGCAGACCUUUGUGUGUGGCUUGUGUGCUAGCUCGAUAACCUGGCUGUUCUCAAAUCUGUUCCUUCCAGGCCUCGGCCCCAGCUGGACCGGCAGUUUCUCCAGCGUUUUCUGAAGAUCCAAGAAAUUUUAUUUCCUGCAUGCUGCUCCAAGAAUGUACUGAUGUUCCUAACCUUGCUCAUGGUUGCUCUGUUGGGUAAGUGAGUCGAUGGCUAAGAAGGAUGAUAUCAAGCAAGUCCUUUUGUGAUGUGCCAGGACUCUUGUCGAUGUAUAUGGGAGCACCCUUGGAAUUCAUCCUUUUUCUCUUCCCCACCCUUUACCUCCCCUAGAGCAGCUGGUCAUUUACCAGGUGGGAUUGAUUCCCAGCCAGUAUUAUGGAGUUCUGGGGAACAAAGACUUCCAUGGAUUCCAGCAAGUGACAGCAGUUGCACUGAUUCUUAUUCUACUGAACUCUAUGGUAAGUGAAACCUCUUCUUCCUACAAGGAGACGAGAGCACAUGCAAUGCAAUUUGUCAUGGAUGCUUUAGUGGAGAUUCCUGCAUUGUACAGGGUUGAACUAGAUGACCCUUGAGGUCCCCCCACCUGUAAAAUUCUAUGAUCCCGUGAUACUGCCUUGCUCUGCAUAUGUGUAUCCUGAGGGCCAGACGACACGUUAGCUAACAACUAAUCGCACUUUUUCAAGGCAUGCUUAACGCUGUCACUUUUUUCAACUGUUAAAGGUCUUCAUUUUACAAAUCACUUGUUUUUUUGUGUAAUGUUUCCAUCGUGUGAUAAUUUUGGGCUACUUUAUUACCACACAAAAGUGGCUAUCCCCAGGGAUGGUGCAGUUAAGCUAGGACAGUCAAGUCACUGAUUUCAGCCAUAGCAAUUCAAAAGUUUCUUCAUCUUGCGAACUGCCCUAAGAUCUUGUGAUAAAGGGUGACAUAAAACAACAAUAACAACAAGAGAAUAACUUUCUAACUCUUCCCUCACAGUUUCUAAGCUGUGAUGGAAAAAGCUAAUCUGACUUGGGCCUCUCAGCACUGCUUUCUGGCCACUCUGUUCUGGAAGGUGCUGUUUACUGUAAACCCAUCUGGACUGUUAGCUGUUGUGAAGAGCUUUUUAUGUCAGCGGUCGGACAAGGGGGGAUUCAUCUAAUGCUUUAAAUCAGUUGCUUUGAGCAGAGGAUGCCUUCAGACUAGAAGACUUUAUUUGGGUCAGUGUGUUCAUGCAAUCCAUCGCUGGGGAAUCUCUGGGCUAAAUUAGCCCCACUAAUUUUGCAUGCCCAUUCCAUUUGUUAUCGGUGGGGCUUAUAUCUCACGCUGUUUAAAUUUGGUGCAAGCCUGCUGGGAUUGGCUCCGCUCAGGAAGGUGGGAACAUACCCACUUGAUGUCAUAUGACAUCGUAAGUGCAGUUGUUGGACCACAAGAGUAGCCAUAAAUGCAUUUCUUGCCUUAUUCUCAUCUCCUCUCCCCAUUGUGAGUCUCACUUCUCUCUCUUCUCAGCUGAAGAGCUUUGACCAGUUCAUCCGCAACCUGAUGUAUGUGAGCUGGAGGAAGACUCUCACAGAAUACCUCCAUGGCUACUACUUUCAGGGCCAGGUGUAUUAUACCUUGAAUAUUCUGCAUGAGGAAAUCGAUAAUCCGUAGGUAGCUGGACAUGAUUCGAGCUCCUCCUGGCACCUUCUAGCAUAUUUUGUACACCCCUCUGCCUUGAUGAGGGCUGGCUUUGUUGCUCCCCAUAUAUGUUGACCUGCUUUGCUUUUAUCUCCCUAGGGCAGAGCUUUCCAAACUGCGUCCUGACACGUUAGUGUGUUGGCUGCAAUGUGUAGGUGUGUCAUACGAAUACUCCCCAUGCUCCUCCCAGGGCUGGAAAGGGGUUAGUUUAACCCAGGCAUCCCCAAACUCAGCCCUCCAGAUGUUUUGGGACUACAGUUCCCAUCAUCCCUGACCACUGGUCCUGUUAGCUAGGGGUGAUGGGAGUUGUAGUCCCAAAAAACAUCUGGAGGGCCAAGUUUGGGGAUACCUGGUUUAACCUCCCAUUUGCUAGGAAAAUUGAAUUACUGAGUCGCAAAAUGACGCAUGUCUAAAAAGAGUGUCACCAACAUGAAAAGUUUGGGAAACUCUACUCUAGGGAGCCAUGGGCUUUUCUUUAGACGCACAGGGAAGUAGUUUGAAUAGCCAGCCAGAUGGGUGGGGCAUAAAUAAUAAAAUUAUUAUAAUUAUUAUGACGAUUACAUUUUGAAUACAUGCUCUCUGCUCCAGGCACUGGGUUUUAGCCAGUGUUAGUCCUGCUCAGAGUAGACCAACUAAAAUUCAUGGAUGCAACUAAGAUUGGCCCAUUAAUUUUAAAGGGUGUACUCUUGAGUAGGGCAUAGUUGGCUGCAACCCACCAGGCAGGACUCAAAGCAAUAGUUGUGUUAGCAGAAGUCGGCACAGUGUGUCCCACUAGUGCUACAGGGCUCCUCCCACUGAAUGUCCCAACCAUUGGCUUGAGUGGGGGUUCAGGAGAGCCCCCGGAACAGCACAUAGGGUGGGAGUGGGGGCAGGAAUCAGUCUGGCAAGUGGAAAGGCUUGGCCUGACAGAUUGACCCCCCUAGCACAAUGCUGAAUUCCACCCACUAUAUUUAAAACCAAAAUGCAAACUGCAACAAACAAAUGUGGGGUGGGGUUUUUUGUCCAUAUCUAAUUGGAGAUGUGUAAAGAGGCUAACAAUAGCAAGAUGUGAAAGGGCUCCAGUUAUUUAAACUAUUGAAAUUUAAACUGCUUUAGAGGACAGUUUCCCUGUGUUGCUUUAGUUUGCAGUUUUUGAAAUGUUAGAAUCACAUUAGGACGCUAAUCCCUCGAGAUUCUAGUGCCUUCGAGAAGUUUUGGACUACAUCUCCCAUCAGGUCAGGCCAACAUGGAUGAUGGGAUUUGUGACCUUGCAACAACUGGACGGCACCAGGUUAGGGGAGGCUGUUGUUUUAUAAGACAAAAUGGACCUGCUUGUGAGAAGAAAAUUGAAGAGUACUGAUAACUGGAUUAAAGUACGUCUGAUUAAAGUACAGGCUAUCUGACAUUGUGGUGUGAUCCUUGGGUUGCAGCACAAUUAGCAUUUGCUUUGUUCAUAGUAUGGAACAACUAUAGGUGCAGUUCUGUAGCUGUUUAGAUACUCACAAGAGACGGUUAAGGUUGGAGUUGCAAAGGGGAAGCUACAAACACAAUAAUGACUUUAUUUGACUUGACGUUGUGCAACAGGAAUUCUAAAAAUGCAGCUUUUGGUUCCUGAAAAUAACCAGCGGUUGAAUUACUCCAGUUCUUGGGUAAUGUCAAUUCAGCAGUGAUUGCAGCAAACUGAUGCAAAAAACAAGCACUUGUAUAGAGCAGUGGAAUCAGUGCUCUGCUGGAGGACUCUAAUAUUUGAGGAAGGAGAAGGUGGAGUGUCCCAACAAGAAGGUUUAUAAGAUAAGGCUGGAAGGCUCCCUAUUGAGGCUGUUGUAACAUCUGAUUUCUUGCAUGCAGGAGGAGGUUGCAUAAUAAUGAUGAUGAUGAUGAUUUAUUAUUUAUACCCCGCCCAUCUGGCUGGGCUUCCCCAGCCACCCUGGGCGGCUUCCCAAAAAAUAUUAAAAUACUGUAAUACAUCAAACAUUAAAAGCUUCCCUAAACAGGGCUGCCUUCAGAUGUCUUCUAAAAGUCUGGUGGUUGUUGUUCUCUUUGACAUCUGGUGGGAGGGCGUUCCACAGGGAGGGCGCCACUACCAAGAAGGCCCUCUGGCUGGUUCCCUGUAACUUGGCUUCUCGCAGUGAGGGAACUGCCAGAAGGCCCUCGGUGCUGGACCUCAGUGUCCAGGUAGAACAAUGGGGGUGGAGACGCUCCUUCUGACUGACUUUGAGAUCCCUUCUGACACUGUGAUUCUCUGCCAGUAACCAUGCUGGUAUUUUUGCCAGCUGUUGUUUAGCAUUGAUUUGCAAGCUAAUAAUUUUAAAAAGAAAAUACGUCCCCAGCCUUAAAACUGCAUAACUACCCAGCUCUGAUUCUGUGUGGACAAACUGUUCUGUUCCUAACAUGUUAACUUUCCUUAUGCUUUGCUCAUUCUGUCAUAGCAGUCAAUGCAAAUUUAAAUAUCCUUUUUAUCGUGCAGGGAUCAAAGAAUCAGCCAGGAUGUGGAGAGGUUCUGCAAGCAGCUGAGCUCCAUGGCCAGUAAGCUCAUCAUCUCUCCCUUCACACUUGCUUACUACACCUAUCAGUGCUUUUACAGGUAGGGGCGGUCUUCACCUAGGGAGAGGGAUGACCACAUGCUUAGGGGCAGCCCUAACUUUUGUCCCAACUGGAGUACAGCAUAGAUGAGCCUCUAAUAUAUUAGAAGGCAGCCUUCCGCUGACAGUUUCGCUAAUCUCUCUCCAUUUCUCUUGCCUAGCACUGGCUGGAUGGGCCCAGUGAGUAUUUUUGGAUAUUUUAUCAUGGGCACAAUUGUUAACAAGAUCCUAAUGAGCCCCAUUGUUUCAAAGCUGGUGCAGCAGGAGAAGCUGGAAGGUGAUUUCAGGUGAGUUUAUUCAGCAGGUCUCAUGAUCAGUUUGACCCUGGAAAUAGCUAUAGUCUGAAAUGAUGUGUGUGCCACUGUUCUUUUCUCGUUUGCUGAUUGUGAUUUGUGUUAAGAGAAUCCUUUAUAGAAGUCUUCUUAGGAUAUGAACUUCAUGAUGGCUCACAAAUGGAAUGCACAUUGCAAGCCAGAUAGACUGCUGCUGCUGAAGAUGAGGAUGUUCAUACACAUAAACCUGACUGUUAAGUCCUUUGCUGUCUCUUGCUAUAGCAGAGUUCUGUGUCUGCUCUCCAGCCUAAGUGAUGUAUAUGGUUUGGGGAAGGGGCCUUGGCUCAGCGGUAGAGCAUCUGAUUUAUAUGCAGAAGGUCCCAGGUUCAAUCCCUGGCAUCUCCAGGUAGAGCCAGAAUAGAUCCUGUGUCUGAAACCCUGGAGAGCUGCUACCAGUCAGUGGUGAUAAUAUUGAGCUUAGUGGACCAGUGGCCUGAGUCAUUCUAAGGCAGAAAUAAGAAUGGGUUUUGCAGAGACGCUGAUUACUCAAUCCCAAAAAAUGACCAUUGAAGCAAGUGUUUUCUGGAUUUAACAGGUUUAAGCAUAUGCAGCUACGGGUGAAUGCUGAAUCUGCUGCUUUUUACAGGUAAGUAAGUGGACAUUUCACUUUUUAGUAUCUUUUUUCCUGUGACGUCUUUGGUUCCUGCGAGUAUUGCACAGUUUGUGUUGAAGUGUGUCCCACAAACUUCUUGGUGGUGUUCAGGUUUGUUUGUUUGUUUUUUGUUCUUUUAAGAAGAAGAAGAAGAGUUUGGAUCUGAUAUCCCGCUUUAUCACUACCCUAAGGAGUCUCAAAGUGGCUAACAAUCUCCUUUCCCUUCCUCCCCCACAACAAACACUCUGUGGGGUGAGUGGGGCUGAGAGACUUCAGCGAAGUGUGACUAGCCCAAGGUCACCCAGCAGCUGCAUGUGGAGGAGCAGGGAAUCGAACCCAGUUCACCAGAUUAUGAGUCCACCGCUCUUAACCACUACACCACACUGGCUUUAAGUGUAAGAUUAGUAAUUCAUCAUUACAUAGUUCACUUUGAUAAUUUGGCUAGAUAGCAGGAUGUCUGUCCAUUCUGUUCUCUAUUCUCCACCCACACACCAGUUCACCCAUUGUUGUUGUUUGUCGGUUACUCGGCUCACGGGACACCCCACAGUUAUGAAAGCAAGAAGAGGAGCAAUAACACUAGCAGAACAGGGUGGGGGAAAGAAAGGCAAGCAGGAAAAAACAGAAAGAAAACCACACACGUCAUGGCUGCUUUUUGCCACAUGAGGUCACUGUUGUUGUUGGAAAUCUCACAAGAGUUAAGAAAGUGUGGAUUAGGUGUAUCUGUUGGUUGUCUCCUCUUCACGAAGUUGUAUUCACGCAGCAACCAAUCGCCACCAUCCAUUUGUCAUCCUCUAUAUGCGCAUACAUGCAUCUUACCCCAGGGUUAAGGUCCGUGGGAAUGAUCACUGUCCAGACUGACUGUGCGCUACUGUCCUGCUUUUCAGAGCUGGGGAAGUUGAGCACAUGCGAACCAACCGCAGGCUGCAAACCCUCCUGCUGACCCAGAGGGAGCUGAUAGGCAAGGAGCUGUGGUUGUACAGUAAGCAGAACUGGUUUCCUUCAUCCCCUCCUUCACUCGUUACACAGGGAAGGGAGCUUCUAGAUUUCUGCCGCGCAGAAAAGACAUUUGGGAAGUGGCUGUUCAAAUGGGAACAGAGAACAAGUUGAUGAGCCAAUGAGGGAGAAAAUGGGUACUACUGGAAUCCAGACCAAAAUGGGGUCAUUCUGGGCCUUCUCAGGAGUGCCUGAAAAGGCCGAACAACAAGGCCUUGAGACUGAACUCUGGGAAAGAAUAGUAGCAGCAAGGAAGUAGGCCAAGCAGCGCUUGGGCCUCAUGGAAUUUGCUAUCUCAGGCUCUGUCUGCCAGAGGAGCUGUCUAAACAUUUUGUCACUGGGGACUGAGUGCUGAACUGAAAUAGAUUGUCCUUCUAACUGACAGUUAUUCUCUUGAGUAGCACUGUUAACUGGCUUUGUUUCCAGAGAAUAUGUUCCUGAUAAACUUUUAAAACAUAACACAAAAAACUGUGUAGAUGUAAUAAUGGAAUACUGAAUGGUUUCGUUUAUGUAAAAUAUGUAGGGAUUUAUGAUAUGCAAAAUGAACCAUGGAAAGAGAAGGGAAGUCACUGAUAUUUUAAGGAUGUUUAAAUGAGUAUUCUAAAUUGUACAACAAAAAAAUUAAUAAGUUUUAUACAUAUACAUAUCAAUACCUGUAUCUACCUAUCUAUCUAUAUAUAAACUGUGUAGAUGGAGGUCCUAGAUUAACUGAUCUGCCGGCAUUACCACUGUAUUGUCUUUUUUCUGCUUAGUUGGAAUCAACACUUUUGACUAUCUGGGCAGUAUCCUGAGUUAUGUGGUGAUUGCUAUUCCCAUUUUCAAUGGAGUUUACUCUGAUCUGGAUCCAGCAGGACUGAGCUCUUUGGUUAGCAAGGUAAGCUUUUUGCAGUGCCAUAGCUCAGCACUAGAGCACAUAAUGUUUUGCAUGCAGAAGGUCCCAGGUCCGAUAUUCCUACACACUGACCUGUGAUGUCCUGUAGGCUGUAGUGCCAGGAGUAACAUUUCCUCGGUGAUCUUACUGGUCUACAGGGAAGAAAUUGGUCCUUCAUUUAACCUGGCCCCGAGUUGUCCGGAGCUUUAAACAUUAGUAACAAGAGCUUGAGUGUAGCCUGAUAGUUGAUCGGCAGCCAGUGACGUUCCCUCAGCCCAGGUGUAAUAUGUGGGAGCUCAGGUCUUCCAGCCAGCUCUGUGUUGUUGCUGCCCUGCCUAACUCAGCAAACUGUUAUGCUUUCCUGGCAUAGGGCUUUUGACCACAUAAUAGCCUUAAACAGCUCAGGACCGCAAUACCUCAAGAACCGCCUCUCCUCGUAUGAACCAACCCAGACCCUGCAAUCAUCAUCUGAGGUCCUUCUUUGUGUGCCGCCAUUGUGAGAGGUCUGGAGGAUGGUAAGACAAGAGCAGGCCUUUGCAAUGGUGGCUCCCCGCUUGUGGAAUGCUCUCCCCACAGGGAAGCUCACCUGGAGCCUUUGUUACAUAUCUUUUGGCGCCAGGCAAAAUUAUUGUUUUCGCUUGUUGCUAUGUUAUGUAUUGAAUUGAAUUUAUAAUUUCGGUCACAGACCAGUUCCAGCCCACAUAUAAUAUCAAAGAAGUCAUAAAACACGGUAGGGAUACAUUUGAAUUUGCAAUUAGGUAUAACCAGGGACACUACAGAUAUAGCAACAGUUAAAAAAUAUAUAAAUUAAAACUUAGACACUAACAUAUAACCUAAAAUUAUCUUUUAAGGCUUAAAUCAUCAUGAUAGCACAGCUUGUUCUCUAAGUUUUAUGGCAAACGCACAGAAUUUGGCUACCCUUAACGUGAUCUCAGGAUCCUUGUCCUCUACCAGGGAUUUUAGACAUUGAAGUUCAGAUUCAUUUGGAGAUCUUUGCAUAGCAGGGGUAAUAAAUACCGAGCGUAUAUCCCCGUAGAAAUGGCAGCGUAAGAAGGCAUCAGAGACAGUUUCUACCUCCAUUAAGCUGCAGGGGCAGACUCGUUCCUCGUAUGGUUUACCCUUGAAUCUGCCCUGCAGUAAGGCAGAUGGCAGCACGUUGUAUGUUAUGCAUUGUUGUGUUUUUUAUAUUGUAAACGGCCCUGUGACCCUCAGAUGAAUGGCAGCAUAGAAAUUUAACAAAUAGUAAAUAAUAAGUAGUAAUUGGAAGCAAUGAAGAGCAAGUCAGUCCAAAGACAGGGCCAAACCACCACAAAGAGAGAACAAAUGUGAUACCUCAAGCGCUACUGGUGGUGGUUUUAUUGCUCUUUUGGGGAGAUGGCACUGUUUUUUAGGGAUGCUGUCUCUUUAUAUCCCAAGUAGAAGCUGGGAAGGAGAUCAGCAAGAGCACACAACUCUGCCACAGGGUGUGUGUUGCUCCAGCAUCCUAAAACACUGCACACCACCAUACAUAGGUGCAUACACAGAAGUACACACAAUCUGUACUCCACUUUUUUAAGGGGCUUAGUCCACAUGUUGAAUUUUAAAUUCACCAUACAAUGCAGUCAUUCGCAUAGAUGCCUGCACCUGUGUACAGCAUAAUGUGUGAAUAGCCUUCCUGCUGGGAGUUUGCAGGUACAGGGCAGCAAGCCUAUCGUGCAGAGAGUUAAGGCAGCAAAUUUAUUGCUUCAUCUGUCAUAGCAUGAGAUCCUUCCCUCCGUAAACAAGAUGUGGCCUAAUUCAGUCCUGGGAGCGAGCCUGCCAUAACGUAAUCCAUUUAGCCCAACCAAACAGUCAGGAAGUAUUUGCAGAGGGAUAAAAAUAGUUGAGCCUGGCAUUCCUCACUGUGCAGCAAGAGGCUUCUUUAGAUGAGGUCUGGCAGCCUCCUGGGAGCAAAGGUGGACCUUGGCAAGAUCAGCCUGAAGCUAGAUUGGAAAAGCUGUAGGCUGCUGUUUAUAUGUAUAUAUAUGUGUGUGUGUGUGUGUGUGUAAGUGUAUAUAUGAGGGACGCGGGUGGCGCUGUGGUUUAAACCACAGAGCCUAGGACUUGCCGAUCAGAAGGUCGGCGGUUCAAAUCCCCGUGACAGGGUGAGCUCCCAUUGCUCGGUCCCUGCUCCUGCCAACCUAGCAGUUUGAAAGCAUGUCAAAGUGCAAGUAGAUAAAUAGGUACCACUCUGGCGGGAAGGUAAACGGCGUUUCCAUGCGCUGCUCUGGUUCGCCAGAAGCGGCUUAGUCAUGCUGGCCACAUGACCCGGAAGCUGUAUGCCGGCUCCCUCGGCCAAUAAAGCAAGAUGAGCGCCGCAACCCCAGAGUUGUCCGUGACUGGACCUAACGGUCAAGGGUCCCUUUACCUAUGUGUGUGUGUGUAUGUGUACACACGCACACACAAUUGCAAUCCCUGGUCCUCUAACCAUGUUAGGGCUCAUUGCUUUCAAGCUCUUAAUUGCACUAAAAUUUCAAAGCCAGUUUGGUCUAUAAUCUAUAUAUAUUAAAGUACAGACGCCAACGAGCCUUCUGUUUCGGAGUAGCUUUCUGUUAGGCAGCAGUCCCUGUGUAAAGUGUGUCUUGCCUCCUAUAAUGUGCCAGUAAUCCAAGCGGCCUAAGGUUACCGGAUUUAUUUCAAUGAAUCCGGGGACACUUUUCAACUUCAAUGGAUUUUGUAUGGGGACUGAUUUGUACAUCUGGGGACUGUCCCUAGGAAAUGGGGACGUCUGGUAACCUUACUAUAGUUACCAAAUAGUGUAUUGGAGGAGGGAUGCUCUUCUGAGGCAACCUCAAUAGGCAUCUUGCCCCUGCAGCCUUGGAAAGUGAGGAAGGAGUGUGUAAAUUCAUUGGUGACUCCCUAACCCUAGGGUCUUAUUCCUCCUUGGCCAAGUGUCUUUCUUCAGUCUAGCCCUCCGUUUGCUUCUUCCUUGCUGGCUUACUCAGCGAGAGCCCUUUGUAGCUGAGCUCAUGCAUGCGUACUUGCUGUUGAGUGGGCCAGAUACCAGAAUCCCUGCUCCCUGGGGCAGUUGUGUUUCUGUGUUACUUGUUUGCAAUAAAUCAACAAACCUGAGAAUCUCAGUGCUUCUCUUUUUGCCUUUACCCUCCUAACUGUGGUCAGUGUUUGCUGAAAGCUUAGAAGACAACAGGAGGCUUUUGCAGGUCGCUUGAACAGAUUCCUGCCAUUACCCCCACCACCCCACCACCACCCCCAAGUUUUAUUUUCCUUUAUCAAAAAUGGCAAUCAGCCUGCUGAGGUUUUGCAAAAAUUUUGACCCACGUAAUUGCUUUUGCAAAACGAUCAGUCCAUCUCAGGGAUCAGAUAAUGGUCAAUUCUGCUACCAGCUGGGGAGACAAACCACUCCCCCAACUGAUUUUGAGGCAUGAAGAUGUGGAAGCUGCUUCUUGUAUGUUUUUGCUUCCCAGCCCUUGCUAAUGCUUGGCUUGUGUGUGAUUUGUCUUGCAGAAUGCCUUUGUCUCUCUUUACCUCAUUGGCUGCUUCAGCCAGCUCAUUGACCUCUCCACCACCGUGUCUGACGUAGCUGGCUAUACACACAGGUAAGUCCUCUUGCCUGCUUGAGGGGCUCCUAUGUCAUAAUAGUGAGGACCUGUGUGUGUAAAAAAAAAAAAAGAGCAUCUGCUUCUUAUGGAUCCAUCAAAGGUAAUAAACAAUGCAGGAGACUCCUGUGUCCCAGUAUGGGUGCACUAAGUCGGUCUCUCUUCAGAGGCAUCCAUUCAAAAGAAACAAACAAGGAAUCUCCUUUCCCCAUUAGGCAUAGAAUGUCAAAUAUAUUUUGUUAUAAUCUUUGUGUCUGCUGCAGCGGAGAGAAUCUGAAUUUUUCCUCUUAAAUCAAUUAGCAGGCUGAUAUUUCUGCCCAUGUGACAUUGUGUUCAGACUAUGUACGUUAGGUGAUCAUUAUUAUCCUGCAAACAAUAUUCACUACUUACCAGGUUUUAGUAAUAUGAUAAUAAACCUUUUUCUUUUCCCUUGUGGAGAUUAGGCUUCUGGCUCUUGUCAUUCAGGCUAGUUUGCUGCUUUGGGGCAUCACUGCUACUCCUUGAUUAGCAACUUUCUUGGGGUUUUUUUGUAGAAUUGGGGAGUUGCUGGAGAUGCUGUUGAAACUUUCCAGGAAGCAAAACGACUGUGACUCCCCAGGCAAAUGGGAAUUCAACAGGUGAGUACCUCUAGCUAACAUCAAGCAUGGGACAACAGUUUUCCUGUUUUUGCUAUGGUGUUUCUUGUACCACCGAGUGGUGAACCUAAAAGGCAGCCAAACACCUUGGCCACUGAACUGUGAUGUUUCCUUCUACUUACCUUUCUUCCUUUCUUGUGGUGGGGGCACUGAUGCCAUCAGCGUUUCCAAAGAGGAGGUGGUCUCAAGCGACACAGCUUUCCUCCUGGAGAAAAUCUCUCUCUCUGCUCCCUCUGAGAAGCUGCUCAUUAAGGAUCUAAACCUGAGAGUCACGCAAGGGAACAAUCUACUGAUCACCGGGAACACAGGGACAGGGAAGACAUCUUUGCUGCGUGUCCUCGGUGGCCUCUGGGAGAGCAAGCAGGGUGAGUUCAUCAGCCUCCCUGAAACAUUCCUUUGGUGAAAGGGGGCCCUUGCAGCAGAUUGGAGGGUGGAACACGGUUUCCCCAUAGGUUUGUGAGGCAAAUGCUGGAUUUGGACUGUUCAGGAACCCAGAUGUAGUCUCUUUCGUGCUUGAGUUCGUAGUGAUAUUGCCCUCCCCAGUGCAGACUUAAUGGUGGCCUCGGCCCAGUAUACCUGAAGGAGUGUCUCCACCCCCAUCGUCCAACCCAGACACUGAGGUCCAGCGCCAAGGGCCUUCUGGCGGUUGCCUCACUGGGGGAAGCCAAGUUACAGAACCAGGCAGAGGGCCUUCUUGAUAGUGGCACCCGCCCUGUGGAACGCCCUCCCAUCAGAUGUCAAAGAAAUAAACAACUAUUUGACGUUUAGAAGACAUCUGAAGGCAGCCCUGUUUAGGGAAGUUUUUAAUGACUGAUUUUUUAAUGUAUUUUUAAUCUUUUGUUGGAAGCUGCCCAGAGUGGCUGGGGAAACCCAGCCAGAUGGGCGGGGUAUAAAUAAUUAUUUAUUUAUUUAUUCAUUCAUUCGUAGCCACUGCCAUAGACAUUGCAUGGCACUGCAGAACUAGGCAAACCACUGCCCCUUAGCCCCCAUCUCUCUGUUCCCCUCUGCCACCCCAAUAUGGGGAAUUAUACUAGCCUGCUGUACAAGGUUGUUGUAAGAAGUAUUGAGAUAGCGGCCUUGGCACAUUCAAAUUGUGGCUUAUUAAGCCAGGUUGUGCAUGAGCUCCACGCACCCGCCCACAGCUCCUUUGCUCCUUCCUUCAGGCACGUGUCAAUAUGAGCCAGACAUGGGUUCGUAUUACAGGCAGACUGGGAAGCUACAAUUAAUGGCUUUCAAGCGAACCAAGCUGUGAAGCCAAGGUUUAAAGUUAGCUUACAAAUCCUCCCUGGUUUGAAAGCUAUUAACCAUAGUUCCUGGUUUGCAUAUAAUGGGAGGUUCUGUUUUCCUGUUGCUUCACCACUUGCACGAAGGGAGGAGCAAAGCAAGAGCGAAGGGGCUUUCAUGCAGGUGCACAGAGCUGGUUUAUAUUCUGGUUUAUUAGGCCAGGGUAUGAUUGCGCAGACUAGAUCAAAUCCAAGUGUUAAGUUCAAGUUUGUUACCGAAGUGUUGGCUCAUAGACUUAUGCCUUUGUGAUUCCUUCUGCUGGGUCUCUGCAGGGGACGUCCACAUGCUGACUUGCUUUGGCCCCCAUGGGGUGGUUAUCCUGCCACAGCGGCCAUUCUUCACAGAUGGGACCCUGCGGGAACAGGUAAGUGACCUCGGUGCCAGAUUCCCAGGGUGGGGGUGGUCCUCUGCUCACCCACAGACUAGUUUGGUAACAGUGGCAAUUCUAAAAAAGACAACCAACCAUACCUGUUACAAUUGCUGCAAGCUGAAUUGCCAGGAAAUGGCCUGCCUUAAUUCAAUACAUGGGGCCAGAGGCCUAUUAAUGUUUAUUAGAAAGCUCUUAGCAGAGAGAGUAUUGUGGCUGCUUCCAUCUUUGUACGACUGCGGUGGAGACUCUCAUUUGGAGUAUGUGUCUGGUUUAUUUGAUUUAGGUGAUAUACCCUCUGAAGGAAAUCUAUCCAGUUUCGGGUGAGUGGAAAUGCACUGGAACUCUUGUGCCCAAAUGGGCUCAGAUUGCUUUGGCUUUUCCUGUGCUGCUGCUCUUCUCUGCAGUGUGUGUUUGUGUGUGUGUGUGUGUGUGUGUCCACGCUGCAUGAAUCAGCAUUGUGCUUGCCUGGGUCUUCUUUCAGUAGCUGUAUCUGUUUUCCUGCAAAACUUAGCUGAACCAGGAUAUUAAUCGCAGGGGAGUGUUCGGUAUGUGGAGUGGUGCAAAAUGUCCAUUCUUGUGCUUACUCGGCAUGGAGGCUGUGAAGCAAAAGGAAGCUUUCAGUUGGUUAUAUGCACCCAUUAUAGGUCUUGCCCAAACUUCAGCUUGAUCCGAGCAGUUUUCUGCUUGUCCCACACUUUCUGGGCACAGAUCCAAGAGGUUUUCUCUUUGCCCUGCCGUGCUUGCUUUCCCCAAGAAAAAACCCCUUUACCGCUGAAUCGGAGCAAACGUCAAUCCGCAGAAAGGUGGUAAAAAUCAGGUUUUCCUAGGGGAAAGCAGGACAAGCGGAAGCCUGGAUGAGUCUCUAAUGUAUUAGGAUCAAAUGAGUACUUUGCAUGUGUGAAGCAGUCCUGACAAUGAUCAAAUGGUGCCCCUGUGGUGGAGAAAGCUAACUUUGUUUGGGCUGUCUGAAAGUAAAACUAAUCUUUAUUAGUGAAAAUGAAGUUCUCAGACCAACUGGAGCCCCUAGGGAUACAUGUUCUCUAAAUAAAGCAAUAUAAAGAGGCAUCUGUUCUCUGCUUCCAGAUAGUCUGGAAGAUCAUCUGAAUAUAAACCAAAUUAAUAUAUGGUAAAUAGAAGCCAGCAGUUACUUUGUAGGUUGUCAGGCCUUCUGCUUUGCUUCUGUCUCAGUGAUUACUAACUCUGCUAUUUGGAUUAAGUUGUUCCUCCAAUAGAUGCAUGUUCAAUUUCUCUAAUUUCUUAGAUCACUCCUGUUCUCCCAUUGCCUUCGUCUUCAUACUUGGGAUACCUAAAUUAAAGGGUUGGUGUGAUAUAAAUGCAAUGCUACCAAAUGUUUUAACCAUGUUUCAAAGAUAGUUUUCGAUACCAGCUUAAAGAGGAAUGCCUAUUAAACCUGUUUGAUUUAUGUUCAUGAAAGGUUUUUAAGCAGAUACUGGAUGGUCACCUGUCAGGGAUGUUGUAGUAGAAAAUUUCCUGCAUUGGCAGGGGGUUGGAUUAAGUGAUCUUCCUCCUCUCUGAUUCUUUGUUGUUGCCAGUGUUGACACUCAAUAUUAUGGAGUGCCCUGCUGCUUGCCCCACACACCAACACCCAUCUCAGUUUCCCUUGGAGUUUCCCUUUCCAAGAUGACAACAUCUUCCUGCUCCCAGUCUCAGUUUCCCCUAGGACUGCUAUUCAUCCCUGCCUCCGUUUCCCUUCCUCGUAAUUUUCCUCUUUGUGACCCAACAUCUCCACGACCACAGUGUGUUCUUCCUGAGCUUCCAAACCUGCAAAAGAGUCAUGGUCUCUUCCCCCCUCCCCCAUAUCUCACAUCUACAGCUUCCCACCAAAAGAACUACAAUAUUUCUUCUCCACCUCCUUCUUUCUGUCACCUGACAGAAAAAGCCUUCCUUGGUGUCAGAAAGAAAGAGGAGGAUGAAAGUACUAUUCCUAAAAGUUCUUCCCAUAGGAGAUAGAAUUCUAGAGUAAGAUCAGAAGAUGUCCACCUGAGCUGAAAGUCCAUCUGUUAAUUGGCUUCCUCCCAUUGUUAUGUACAUUAUGUGGUGAUACAUCCUAUUGAUAACUUGGGAUGGGCUUCCACAUGAUAUGUUUAGGUUUGAGCUAUUAGCUUUUCAGAUCUUCUAAAGCAUGAUCAAAGCAGCCAAACCAAGUGCAAAGAGGUCCCUGUCCCCUGAUGACCCAUCUUCAGAGUGACCCUUCCCCCCACAGUCCUGUUAUCAUGAAUGUAAUUCCUUGCACAAUAGGGUCUUCGGAUGAUGAAAGGAUUCUGAGAUUCCUGGAGCUGACUGGGUUGGUGAGUUACCGAGGGAAUAAAGGAUGCGCUUUGAUUUCUGUCCCGAUUUGGGGAUAGAAAGUGGCUAUAAAAGCUCAGCAAGGCGCACUGUAAAUGUCUGGAUCAUUCCUAAAAUGGAGGAUGCUGGGAUUGCCAGAAAGCCCCACUGUUUGACCAUGGAAGAUUGGAUCAGUCCAAAGAGUAAUGUGGUCUCCAUGAAUUCUGAGAUGAAUGUAGCUCUGAGUAUGUGCUAUCUUGUAUUCCAAAGCCUGGGCUGUUGGAGGGGGAUUUCCAGCUGGUGGCAGAGGACAGAGUGACUCCAGGAGACAUAGGUGUAAAAACCCAAACUAAAACGAAGACUUUAUUACUAAACAAUAAACACAAACUCUGGUGGGUGUUAUUCCUGCAGGCAGGCCACAAAACUCAGCUUUUUCCCUUUAUAGCCACGGCCAGCUGCAGCCAAUUAAUCCCAGAAACUUCUUAAAGGUAUACACACGUUUCUGUGCCGAAUGUCCCCUAACAUGGGCAACUAUAUUAAAAACUGCUUCCAAAGCUGAGCUCUGGCUCAAAUUAAGCCCUGGUUUAUGUACAUCGUAUGAGCAAAAGCAACAGAAGUUCUGAUGACCAUGAUGAUUAUAUAGAAGGCAUGGGAGCAAAACAAAAAUGACAAGAUGACACUAAUUACCAGCUGGCAAUGGGUGGGCAGGAUUAAGACAGAAAAUGUCCUUAUGGCUGUGUCCACCUCUUGACCAAGGCUGGAAUAAUUUGUUUUUCACCUUCUUUUUUAUGCAGUCUGAUUUGCUAGCCAGGACAGGUGGUUUGGACCAGCCAGUGGACUGGAACUGGUAAGGCUGCUUAGUGUGACAGUGGGGCUCCUGUUGUUUGCUGUGGGCAAGUCUUGAGCUGCAAGGUUGUUCUAAUCACAGAUUGUUUUGCCUUUGCUGCAGGUAUGAUAUUCUGUCUCCAGGGGAGAUGCAGAGGCUCUCCUUUGCCCGACUUUUCUAUCUCCAGCCUCAGUAUGCAGGUGAGGAAGGUGUUUCUUUCUGAGUUCCUUAAUUAUGGGGCUCCCUGCUUUGCUUUUUACCUUGACCACGGACAAUCCCUGAAUAGCCAGCGUUAUGAGAUGGAAUGUUGUGCAGAAGAAGGUAGCACAGGGGCCAUUGGCUACCUGUUGGCUACUGCCUGUGAUUUUACUGAUGGCAGGCACCACAACUUCUAAUCUAACCAUCCCAAUCUGCCUCUUUUCCUCAGCUUUGUAACUGGCUUAUAUUUUCUUGCUGGUUUAGAGGGUCAGAACUCUCCAUUGUACCAGCCCAGUAUGUAGAGAGUGUUCAGGUUGCCUUUUGUAAUGGAAAACGACUGGUGAACAGCUAUCACUUUGCAAAUUUGUCACACUUUAUUCAAGAGGAAGAGACUUGGAUGGUGCCAUAUUGAGAGGAUUCCCGUAUGGGUGUUGUUGUUUUUUGCUUGCAGUGCUGGAUGAAGCUACCAGCGCACUCACAGAGGAUGCAGAGGAUGAGCUGUACAGGAUCUGUGCACACCUGGGAAUGACUCUGGUCAGCGUGGGACAUCGCAAGAGCCUGGAAAAGGUAGGGUGGUGUGGAGUCAAUCUGUCUGAGCAGAACUGCUGGGACAGAUAAGGUUUUAUUUUCAAGGGGCCAGUGGUGUGUGUGUGUGGAUGGCAAAAUCCCUCUUAAAGCCAUAGCUCUCUGUUUCUGUACUUACUCUCUAUUUUCAGUUUCACAGUUGGCGUCUGAACCUGUACGGAGAAGGUAAAUGGGAGCUCAGCAGAGUAAAGAAAGACUGAGCCACUCUCUGACUUGUCAUGGACAACAGCAAAAAAGAAUGCAACUAAAGCCUCAGCUGGGUCACAUACCAAAGUGCCUUGAAAUGAACACACCUUUUACAGGAAGCAUGUAUCUGAAAUAUUUCAGGACUUCAAAGCCAGCAGGUGCAUUAAGGCUUCUUUGACCCAAAGGUCUCCAGCUUAUACUGUGAAAGAGCAGGGGGAUUUAAACUCCUCCCCCCCCCCUUGGCCUUUCUGUAUAAAUGGCUACCAGUCCACUGUUCUGACUGCUGCGUCUCCCACUCAAGAUCUCUCCCAGAAGGAAGGAAGAGGCCUUUGCUGCUUCCAUCCUUGCAACUUCUUUAAGUGAAAACAACUUUGAAUAACAUUGAAGCAGUGCUGGCAGUGAAUGGAGCAGGAUCCUUCUCAUCUGAGACUGAGAAGGAUGUAUUUGUUUCAGUAUUAGAGCUUCUGCCUCGUUGCCACAGCCAGGAGCCUCCAUGUGGGAAGAUCUCUAUCUCUGCCUUGCUCCUGGUUGCCCACAAGUGUGAAAAUACAUAUCUGUUUUGGAAGUUUACCAGAAGCAUAUAUUAUACACAGAUUUCCCCUUCACCCGAUGAACCUAUUUUUGUUUAAAUAAGCGUUCAUUAAAGAGCCUGAAAGUGCUGAGGAUCUCAGGCCUUCAUACCACAACAGUGUACUUCAGGCUUCCUCAACCUCGGCCCUCCAGAUGUUUCUGGCCUACAACUCCCAUGAACCCUAGCUAGCAAGACCAGUGGUCAGGGAUGAUGGGAAUUGUAGUCCCAAAACAUCUGGAGGCCUGAGGUUGAGGAAGCCUGGUGUACUUCCUCCACAUCUUUAGUUUCCAUGGAGGGUCAGCAUUUGAACCAGCAGAGCAGUUAGAAGGCAUGUGAUUGACAAGGCUGCAAUAUAUUCAGUAAUAUUGCAUGCAGUAAUUCAUAUCUGCAGCUGAGGCAGGUGUCUAGACGGACCUCACUGAAGUGUCUCAUUGAGACAGGUGGAAAUGCUGUCUAGCAGAGAAUCCGUGGGCUAAUGCCAACUGCAAGGGCUACUUUCUUUGGACUAAUUUGUAUUUUUUUAUGGGAUUAGAAUAAUAAAAGGGAAGAGUGACGUGAAAGACAAAGCUUGAAAACGUGUGUGUUUGUCCUAUAUUGUUUUGAAGUCCAGAAUCUGGAAGAAGUCAUGGUAAGGCCCCAGAUCUGCACAGCAUCCAAUCAUUCUGUAUACUUUUCUCUAUUCAUACAUCCGUACUGCCGCCUCCGCUCUCCUUUUAACUACCUGCCCAAUGAAUGCUUCAGGUGGCGAAAACCGACUGUUUCCCCCCCCCUCCCAGAACCUGGAGUAAAGUAGACAGACUUGC